AUGUUUCGUUUGAGGUCUCAAACUCGUGUACUUCCCGCCUUCAGAAGGAUUUCUGCCAUGGCUACGGCUUCGCCUUCUCCUUCUUUGGGCCCAAUUGAAUCAGUGAUUCGGUCAAAACUGUUAUCUUCUUUACAACCAGCUGCACUGGUUAUUCACAAUGACUCGUACCAACAUCGUCACCAUGCUCCUAUGCGAGCCCAAGAUGGAGGAAGUGGAGAGACUCACUUCUCGUUAGAAAUCGUUUCCGAUGAAUUCAAAGGAAAAACAACGAUGCAGCGGCAUCGAAUGAUUUAUUCACUACUUUCAGAAGAGCUGGACCAAGGUUUACAUUCUCUUUCGCUCAAAACGAAAACCAGAGCCGAAGCUGGAAUUGACACGGCAUCUACUUGA